UUCUCUAUCUUUCUUUAUACAUUAUUUCCAAUUAUCCCAUAUUAUAAUCCACAGCAGCCAUCUCUGAAACAACCCCAUUAAUAUCACAUCACAACUAUAAAUAGAAUCAGUUGAGUCCCAGGAUUUCAGCCUGUGUGUUAUAAGUUGUAAGCCUUUCAGACAUCACAACGAUUCUUUGAAUCAGCUUUUUAACGGUGAAAUCAAGAAAAGAAAAUGGCCAGGAAGAAGAUCAGAGAGUAUGAUUCAAAGAGAUUGUUGAAAGAAAAUUUCAAGAGACUUGCUGGUUAUGAUUUGGCCAUCAAAUCUGCACAGGUUACAGAGUCAACUGAUUUGAAUGAGCUUGUUGAGAAAGAGCCAUGGCUUUCUUCAACCCAAUUGGUGGUAAAGCCUGAUAUGUUAUUCGGGAAGCGUGGAAAAAGUGGACUAGUUGCCUUGAAUCUUGAUUUGGCUCAAGUUGCUUCUUUUGUGAAGGAACGCUUAGGCAAAGAGGUAGAGAUGGGUGGAUGCAAAGGGCCCAUCACAACCUUCAUCGUUGAGCCAUUUGUACCCCACAAUGAGGAGUUUUACCUUAAUAUUGUUUCAGAGAGACUUGGUUGUAGUGUUAGCUUUUCUGAAUGUGGAGGAAUAGAUAUUGAAGAGAACUGGGACAAGGUUAAGACAAUCUUUCUGCCAACGGGGACAUCUUUUACAUCAGAAGUUUGUGCACCACUUGUUGCUACUCUACCACUAGAGAUCAAAGGUGUAAUUGAGGAGUUCAUCAAAGUGGUUUAUACUUUGUUUCAAGAUCUGGACUUUACUUUCCUGGAGAUGAAUCCUUUCACAUUGGUCGAAGGAAAGCCUUAUCCGCUUGAUAUGAGGGGAGAGCUUGAUGACACUGCUGCUUUUAAGAACUUCAAAAAGUGGGGAAAUAUUGAAUUUCCAUUGCCAUUUGGAAGAGUGAUGAGUGCUACAGAAAGCUUUAUUCAUGGGCUAGAUGAAAAGACAAGUGCGUCUUUGAAGUUCACGGUCUUGAACCCCAAGGGGCGAAUAUGGACAAUGGUUGCUGGUGGAGGUGCCAGUGUCAUCUAUGCAGACACUGUUGGUGAUCUUGGAUAUGCUUCUGAGCUUGGGAACUACGCAGAAUACAGCGGUGCUCCAAAUGAAGAAGAGGUCUUGCAGUAUGCCAGAGUUGUAAUUGAUUGUGCAACCGCAAAUCCUGAUGGUCGUAAGAGAGCCCUUGUGAUAGGUGGUGGAAUAGCCAACUUCACUGAUGUUGCUGCUACUUUUAGUGGCAUAAUUCGAGCUCUAAAAGAGAAGGAAUCAAAGCUUAAAGCUGCAAGAAUGCACAUAUAUGUAAGAAGAGGGGGUCCAAACUACCAAAAGGGUCUCGCUAAAAUGCGGUCUCUUGGGGAGGAAAUUGGCAUCCCAAUUGAGGUAUAUGGACCUGAGGCAACCAUGACUGGCAUCUGCAAACAGGCUAUUGAGUGCAUUACUGCAGCAGCAUAAAGCAACCAACUCUGCAUUCUCCAAGCUUAAAUUGUUUUGGUUUUCUUUUUGGCUUUGUGUUGUUAGCAUAAUGUUGUUUGCCGAAGAUAAAAAAGAUUGAUUUGGACUUGUGACAUUUUAUAUAAAUGAGCCAUCAGCAAAUGGGCUCUAGUAAUG